GACUCUAUGGUUUCGGGAGGCUGGGCGCGCUCCUCUCGGGCAGCGGCGGGAAGGGAGAACGGGCUUGAAGCGGAGCCGCAGAGAGAGCGGGGCAGCCAUGGCCAGAGUGUGGCAGCAUCCCUAUCUAAACAUCUUCAAGCACUUUAAAGUUGAGGAAUGGAAAAGGUCCACGAAGGAGGGCGAUGUGACAACCUUUAUGGACAAGACUCUGAAAGGGACGGUGUAUCGCAUCAGUGGUGCUGUGCCUGCUAGUAACUACCUCCAGCUCCCCAAGAUCAGUACACAGUCAUUGGGUCUCACCGGUCGCUACCUCUACAUCCUCUUCAAGCCGGCACCGACCAAAUAUUUCGUGGUGCACUUGGACGUUGCCACAGAGGACAGCCAGGUGGUCCGCAUUUCCUUUUCCAAUCUCUUUAAGGAGUUCAAAUCAACUGCCACAUGGCUGCAGUUCCCGUUUAUUUGUGGGGCAGCCAGAGGGUCAGUCUAUGAAAGCACAUCCAAGGCUUCCAAGCAAGACCUGGUGGGCCUGGCUCCCAGCAGUGUGCGGUGGACCUGCCUGAUUCUCGACCUCCGCUACAUCCUCUCUCUGUACUUGAACAGAAGCUAUAGCCAUCUCAAAAGUGUCAAGCUCUGCUCCAACCUGCUGGUGAAAAACCUGUUCACUAGUGACUUGCUCUUUGAUCCAGGUGUGACCUCCUCUGAGGCUCAUCAGUCCAAAUUAGCAACGCAGGGCAUCUCCCCCAUGCCACGAGAAAUGACAUUUCCUGUGCCGAAAGGUGAAAAUUGGCAUGACCUCUACGAUUAUGUUAGGUUUCCUUCUGAUGGGUCCAAGAUGCCGUUUGACUCUAUUCAAAAAGGCACUUUGAAUCCUGCUGCAGUUGCUCAUGUAGAAGACAAUCCAGUUGGCCAGCUUCCAAAGGAAGUAUUUCUAAGCAAGCCUGUUCAGGACAGAGUGUCUCUUAUCCAACAAAUUACCAGUCCGAAGCGAACUCCUCGCCGGUCUCCCUUCCUUACAAAGAGCAUCCCCAAGAUUCACCGGGCAACCUCUGCCCCUCUACAGACAGUAGACACUGUGGACCAGACCUGCUGGAGGGAAGAACCACAGGCCAGAGGGGAUUCCUCUCUCCCAGCACCUUCAGAGGGCGAUGGCAGCAUUCAUGUUUACGCCCACAAAAAUGGGGAUGUUACUGUUCAUGCUGUCAGUGUUGAUUCUGAUGAGGAUGUGUGUGCACAAGCGAUGGGACCAAAGGUGAUCUCCACCAAGGAUUCAGUUCGUUGCAUGAAGCUCUUGCCAGAUCCAAUCCUGAAGCUGAAGAGGGUUAUUGGGUUUGGAGGCUUCAGUACCAGAUGGGCUCUGUGGGCUGCAAAUGGAUCUGUGGUGGUCUACCCCUGCCAUGCUCUGAUUAUAGCAAUUGCAUUAGACACUGGCAAACAGCGGUUCUUUGCUGGGCACACUGAUAAGGUGGCGGCAUUGGCGUUCAACGGCAACAGCACUUUGCUGGCCUCUGCACAGAUAGGGCAACUGAGCGUGAUACGUCUUUGGGAUUUUCCAUCGGGGAGGUGCCUCUGCAUGUUUAAAACGGGGAUGCAAUCAAUCUCUUGCCUCAGCUUCUCCUACAGUGGGGGUAUCCUGUGUGGCACUGGGAAGGACCGACAUGGGAAAACAAUGGUGGUGGUGUGGAAUACUGUUCAGGUGAACCAUGGGGGAGAGGUGGUGAUGCUUGCCAAAGCGCACACAGAUGUGGACAUCCAGGCCUUAAAGAUUGCCUUUUUUGAUGACACCAGAAUGGUGUCGUGUGGCCGGGACAACGUGAGGCUGUGGCGGGUCCGGAGUGGAGUGCUGCGCUCCUGCCCGGUAAAUUUGGGCGAGUACCGUUCCAUGGAGUUCACGGACUUGGACUUUGAAGCAGGCCAUUCCACCCAGCGAGAGCCACAAGACCGGACACUGUUUGUUUGCAGCCGGAGUGGACACGUUUUGGAAAUCAACUAUAAGAAUGUCGCUGUCAGAAAUGCCCGGCGCCUCUUGCCAUCGGAAGGGCAGCACUCUCAUCAGCGGGAGAAGCAAACUUUUAACUCAGGUCCUGGGAUAGCACUGAACAGCAUAUGUCUCUCAUCAACUUUCUGUGCCACAGCCUCUGAAGAUGGCUACCUGCGCCUGUGGCCACUGGACUUCUCUGAAGUCUUCUUGGAGGCAGAGCAUCACAGCCCGGUGAGUUCGGUCCGCAUCAGCCCAGAUAACCUGAAGGUUCUGUGCACAACUGCCUCUGGGAAUGUGGGUUGCCUGGACAUCCAGUCUAAGGACUAUUGCACCGUUAUGCGCUCCCAUCUGGAUUCUGUUUUGGCAUUCUCUGUGGAGAGAUCCCAGAAGCAGCUGGUGACUGUCUCUCAGGAUAACACCAUUCGCGUCUGGAACCUUGAGUCUAUGCAGCAGCUCUAUGAAUUCACUGCCUCUGACGAAACACCGUGUGCCGUCUCUUUCCAUCCCUCGCAAUUUAUCUUUGCUUGCGGUUUUGAUACUGGUGUCGUGAGGACCAUCAGUCUGGCUGCCUCAAAACUCCUUGAGGAACACAAGCAGCACCGUGGGUCAAUCACAGGCCUGACCUUCUCCCCAGAUGGCAAUUUCAUGUACAGUUCCUGCAGCCAUGGGACCCUGGCUCUUUAUAACUCUGCCAUCCAGAAAAGCCACGUUAUCAGAGUACUAGCAAAUGUCACCUCACAAGAUGCUGACCACGGUCCUGAUGCUCUCUCUGUCAGCGGCGAUGGACGUCUCUUGGCCUUUGUGGGACCUUCCAAAUACAUUGUGACUCUCAUGGAUGCUUAUUCCUUAGAUGAGCUGCUGAGAGUAGAUAUGAGCAUUUUGGAUUUGGACAGCACUGUUCUGGACAUGGCUGAGAGACUCUGCUUUGCCCCUUUCCCUCUGGGCCACCUGCUGGUGGCAACAUGCUCGCAAAAGGUUCUGGUGAUUGAUGCCAAGUCUGGACGCUUGAUCAGAGUGGUCUCACAAGUGCACAAGCAGUCUUGUUCUUCAUUGGCCUUCAGCUCCGAUGCCCGGUUUCUUUUGACAGCUGGCGAUAGGGUCCUCAAGGUGUGGGAUUAUGGCAUGAGAUUUGAUGUCAACUCUCAGGUGUUUAUUGGCCAUUCUGAGCCAAUACAGCAGGUGAGCUUCACUCCUGACCAAAGGCAAGUCAUCAGUGUUGGAGAUGCCAUCUUCCUCUGGGAUUUCCUAGGUGUGUUUGCAGAGGAGUCCUUCAAGGAUGAAAUCGAUUCCUCCGAGUCCUCAGAUUCUAACAGAGUUGAAGCCAAUCUGGAAAGGUCACAUUAUUUGACGCCAGGGGCUAAUGAUAUCCCCCGCCAGGUGGUUCCUCGGCCAACCAUUGUGUCCCCACCUUGUCUGGAGCUCAGCUCCAUUCAUCCACUGGGGCAUUGCGAUACUUCUGAAUCUGAAGAAGAGAAGGAAGCAUAUCAGAAAGGCAGCUACAGAGAGGCUGUUAAUGAGGAUAAAGUCCGGUUAGUUCUUGCAUUGAAGGGCACUGCUAGUGAAGACUCUCUGGCUGUGAAACCUGAAGUCAUUCAGCCUUGUCCAAGACCCUAUAGCCAUGCAGGGAAUGAAAGCAGAAAGGAAAGCAAAGGAUCCAAACCCCAAAACAACACCCACCCAGACUGCUACAGGCACUUUACCCCUCGUUUCAAAACAUCGGCACCCCAGAAGGUAUUCUCCUCUGCUCUAACUAGUAACGAGGGCCUGAAACUAAAAGCAGUCAUUGGCUACAAUGGGAAUGGCCGGGGAAAUAUGGUCUGGAAUCCAGAUACAGGUUUCUUUGCCUACAGCUGUGGCUGUCUGCUCAUUGUCGAAGACCUGCACUCUGGAUUCCAGAAGCAUUGGCUUGGUCACCCUGAAGAGAUUUCAACAUUAGCUGUUAGCCAUGAUGCUCAGGCCCUUGCUUCUGCCUCUGGUCAGGGUCGUGGAGAGUCCCGCUGCCAAAUUCGCAUCUGGAAUGUCCAGGACGGAUCAUGCCAAAAGGUUCUGUUCCAUCACGAGACCCAAGUCCAAGCCAUGGCAUACUCUCGAGAUGACUGCCUCCUUGCUACUCUAGGGGACUACAUUGACAGAGUCAUUGCCUUAUGGAAUGUCCACACUUACGAGCUGAUGUCAUCCACUCGCGUCUCUGAGCCAGUCCACGAAAUCGCUUUUAGUCCGCUCUCUGUGGGACACCUUGCCUGCGUGGGGAAGGGAGCAGUGACCUUCUGGCUAACGGAGCAACAGGGAGCUGACAUUAGCCUCAAGGUUCACAGAGUCCCUGUCCCUGAUGCAAUUGGUCCAGUGGAACUGACCUCAUUGUGCUACAGUGCCGGCUGCCUUCUGUACACUGGGACCAGCACGGGACAGAUCUGUGCGUGGGACAUGCAGACGAAUCGUUGUUUCAUGACAUGGGAAGCUGUUGAAGGGGAGAUUGGGGUGCUGCAGUGUCACAGAGACAGGCUAGUCAGCGGCAGCAACACCAAAAGAAUUCAGCUGUGGUCAGUGGCAGCGGUUCAGGAGCUGAGAGUAAAAGGUUCCAGUGCCAGAUCUAGCUCAGUCCUUUUGGAACAGGAAAUGACCCUGGAUGGAACCAUUGUAAGUGCCGCCUUCGAUGACUGUAUGGAUAUGGGCAUUGUUGGCACGACGGCAGGGACGUUGUGGUACGUCAGCUGGGCAGACAACACCAGUAUCCGGCUGAUUAGUGGGCACAAGAACCAGGUUAACGAGGUGGCCUUCAGCCCUGGAGAGUCUCACUGUGCUACCUGUGGGGAGGAUGGCAGCGUGAGAGUUUGGUCCCUUGCCAGCAUGGAGCUGGUGGUGCAGUUUCAAGUGCUCAAUCAGAGUUCCCUCUGCCUGGCGUGGAGCCCAGUGGCCACCACUGUCAGUGGGGAAGAAAGCCAGCAUAUUGUGGCAGGGUACAGCGACGGCACCAUCCGGGUGUUCAGCGUUUCCCGGACAGAGAUGGAACUCAAGAUGCACCCCCACCCAGUGGCUGUAACCGCACUUGGAUACUCCGCAGAUGGGGAAAUCAUCUUGUCUGGAGGCAAGGAUGGGAUGAUGGCUGUCAGUAGUCCACGCACAGGGAUGACCAUUCGUGUCCUGACUGACCACCGAUCAUCACCUAUCAAUGUUAUCCACUGCACAAGAAAGCAGCACCUAGAACUUGGCGUUGAAGGUGAUGAUCUCUGGUUGGCUGCAAGUGACGACCGACGUGUCAGUGUCUGGGUCUCUGACUGGAUGAAGGACAAAUGUGAGCUCAUUGACUGGCUAAGCUUCCCAGCUCCUACAGGUCCCGAGGUACCCAACCCUCUGCCUCCCAGCCUAGCAGCAUUUUGCCCUUGGGACAGGAGCAUGAUUGCUUAUACAGGCUUUGGAUUGCAGAAGGAGAUCCUCUUCUACAGCCUGCAUCAGAAACAGGUCAUAGAGAAGAUUUCCUUGCCGUACUUCGCCACGUCGCUAAGCUUGUCUCCUGCUGCCUGCAUUAUAGCCGUUGGCUUCAGUGAGCGCAUGUUGAGGCUGAUCGAGCACCCAAAGAAGGCCGAGAGAGACUACCUGGGCCACGAUGAUGCUGUGUGCCUCUGCCGGUUUACCCCGUCUGGGAAACGCCUCUUCACAGCUUCCUAUAAUGAGAUCCUGGUGUGGGAGGUCCACAGCAGAGGAAUGCAGAAAAGCAGUUUCCAUCACCAGUUGAGUAGGGUGCAAACAUGGUUGCUACCUCAGGGUUGCCCUGAAAACUCCCCAUCCCGAUGCUGUGCAUCAGCUCCAGCCUCCUGUUUCUGAGUUCAGCAAUCGAAAAUGGCCAGGAGCUGCACAGCUGUCCCCAUUGGACCAUUCCUAUUGGACCCAGGCAGGACCAUUCCAUGAUCUCCAUUUGACAUUCCAGGAAGUGAAAGUGGUCAGUGGCGAUUAGCCAGAGCCUGCAGGGAUUGGGAGCCAAAACGCCAACACCACCCACCUCUUCCACAUGUGCUUCUCCUACAUUUAGGCAUACAAGCCCCUUACCUGUCAAUUACCCCCCACUUCUUCAUAUUGGGAUGGAGGGCAGGAAGGAGUCCUCCUUUCCUUCCUACGUUCUGGCUGUCUUAUCUCCUUUUUCACCAUGGUAGGACAGCUAGCUUGAUCAGAGUUCCUGAAAUUUGGGGCAGGCAAGCUGUAGGUUGAUGCCUGGAUUUUAUGGGGGGGUGUCUGUUGCCCUCUUUCCUGUUGGAUGCAGUGGGCAUCAAUGCAGGGAUCUGAUAACAGCCACUUCUCAAGCAAGCAGGGCAUAUCCUCAUCCACAUUUUCUGAAUGGGAAGGUUCUAGGACUGGGUGACCUAAGCUGCUCAGGAUCAGGCUCCAACACACCAGCAUUUUCACACUUCCUUGAUCCCCUUGAGGUUGAAGGAUGGGCAGUGGUCACUCAGAAAUAGCCCAGCCCCUCAUGAAGAGCAGCGGUGGUCAUUUAGAUACUCUUCCAGAAUGUCACUUUUGAAAUGCUGACGAAGAGAUGAUCUCGUUCUAUUUUUUUUUACUAUAUAUUAGUUGAGCUCGUUAUACCCAACUAUAACUUGUUAUGUAUUACAGUACGAUUGCGUCCUGCACAGGGGUAAAGGUCUGGAGCUGGCGCAUAUACGCAAAAACACAUAUACUCAAACCACUCCCCCAAAAGAACUUCCCAGAAUGCAGUAAGCAAGUAUGAGAGCUUAAAAGCUCUUUCUGGGCCAGGAAAACCUUAUGCAAAAGGAGCUUUUAAGCUUUCCCAUCAUGGGUGCAAGCAACUUGUCUGAUUUCAACUGGCUGGUUUUCAACUGCGUAAGGUUCAAAUCACGCAAGUUAAAUGUGUAUAAAAUGCGAUUUUGCUGUACAUAUGGAUUAGGAUGAGUUUCUUGAUUCUUAGCAUUAAGAAUGUGUACACAUUGAACAUUACUCCCUCUCCCCCCAAAAAGAGAGACCGAAAUGGGUUCAUUAUUCCUCGCUCAUCUGUCCCAAUACUAAAUUUUGAUUUUAUGGUUCUCUUUACUAAGUUUUCUGUUGACUGUAUGAGAACCAGAAGGGAUUACACACACACACACACACACACACUCCAGCAGUUUGCUGUAUUCUCUCAGCAAAUACAGUGGCAAAACAUAUAAAAUCACACACAAAAAUCAGCCAUGACCAUGAUAAGGAUAAACACUGAGUGUAAACUUUGUGAGCACAAAUUUGCCUUUCUUUUUUCAGAAAGAAAGAUAUUUUAAGGAGUAUUAUCAGGGAUGUUCUAGAGUGUUUUUUUAAUUCAGAUUUUGCAAAUGUUUGUGUUUUUUUAGAAUCCACAGAUGAUUGGGCAAUAGUUUGCUUCUGAGGUGCAAAGCUGAUAGAAAUGGAAUUGCUCAUAAACCAGGCAGUGAAACAAUUAAUAUUUCCACUACUGUAUCUCAAAUGUGGCCUUAACACAUAACUACAUUGCUAGAGUUUUGGUUUGUAAUUUAUAGUAAGAGGGAAGUUUUUAGUAAGAUGUGUUUUUUAAUUUUUGAUCUAAAAUAAAGUAGCAUUUUUGUGCAUUUGAA